AUGAAGGGUGUCGAUAGUGCGACAGGAGACCGUGAAGGCAUGACACACAAACCGAUUGUUACAUGUGCGGGAGAUUGGAAUUUAUUUUGCACGUUAGAGGCGCCCCUAGUGGCCGCCAUACCACAGGACUCAUGUGAAUGGAGGCGGUCAUAUGGCCGGGCUACCAAGUCUGUCUACCUGGAGGCCUCUUUCACCAGAUAUAAUAAGGACAGAGCGCAAAAUGAGCUGAAUUUGUUGAAGAAACCAAUAUUUCAUAUAUACUGGACUGACUGUGUGGACAUAGAAUAUUACAAAACAACUCUAAGAGAAGACAUAGAAGCAUGGUUGAAACAACUAGAGAAAAAUGGAAUAACGGAUUGGAUGAUAGUCCUAGUAGAAACUUAUGACAUACGAAAAACAAACAAAUUGUUACCGAGGACUACGGUUUUGGAUAAAAUUAAGGGUGAUUUUGGCGUGAAACAAACAGAAGAUAGGUUUAUUUCUGUUAUUAAUCCUAUCAAGUCCGAAGCAAGGAGUGCGGAGUCAUGGAGGGCGUUGGUAGCAAAGAUAAGACAUUUUAUACUAGUGGCGUAUAAUAAAGCCCUAAUUAAGUUUGAGGAGUACAUGAGAGAGCAACGAGAGAAACGUAAUGAUCCGGAUUGGGAUUUUUGUAAAUAUUUUAUUUUGCAGGAACAACUAGCAUUUGUACUUGAAAUGCUAGGCUUGUAUGACGAGGCUCUAGUCCAGUAUGAUGAAUUAGAUGCUCUGUUCUCUCAAUUCGUACUCAAUUCCAAUGUGACAGAGAGUCCAAAAUGGCUUGACACAUUUAGACAACCUGUGACAUCUUGGCAGGCGGUCAGACUGACUGCUUUGGUUCCUCAACACCUUCGAGAACUGAUUAUAAAGAAGAAAGCUUCGUUGUUGGAUUUUAGGAGCUAUUUGUUUCAACGUCAAAGUGCCAUGUUGCUGCCCUCAUCGAAACCUUGGGAGAUCGCAUCCAGAUGUCUAUCAACUGUACACAACACAUUAGUAGAGUUAUCUCUACUCGGUGCCACGGCGGUAGAGGGCGCUGCAGCAUGUUGGGCGCAGUUAGCGUGCGCGGAGACGUUGCGCGCGUGCGAAAGAUUGGCUGCGAACAAUAAUGCGCUUGAUAUGUGCACUGCUACCCAGGCUCCAUUGCUGCAUAAUGCUAAGGAUAAGUUACACGAACUCGGCAAACUCUGCGGCCUGCUUCCUGGCUCUCCAGAGCCAACGUCAGAACAGCUGCACCUGGUGGUGAUGCUGUCAGCAGGGAUGGGAGACAAUGAGAACAACAACCAACAGCCCACACCCACUGAUAGACUGAAGGAGGCGCUGUGUAGCAAGACCAGCUUUCAGCAGUAUUAUCUGGAACUCGCUGAGUUAGCUAUGGGGACUUAUAAGCAUAUUGGACGGUUAAGAUUCGCCCGCCUAAUAGGCCGUGACCUAGCAGCGUUCUACUCGGAGUUGGGUGAGACUGGCAAGGCGGUGGUGUUCCUGAUGGACGCGCUGCGGUCGUAUGAGGAGCAGGGAUGGAGGGACUUGGCGGCACAGACCAGGCUGGAACUCGUCGCCGCUGCCAAGAAGAUGAAUGACAUGGACAGAUACACAAAGCUCUCAGCAACAAUAGCAAGUACAGCCGAACUAGAGAUACUAGUCAGAAACUUUUAUUUCGAGGAAAUGAUGAAAUCCAUACGCGAGGAACUAUGCAAGAAGUCAGAGACGGUACUGACGGAGCUGAACGAAUGCUUCAAAAUCGUAUCCGCCAGUUUAGUGCCGUCGGAACGUGGUGUCUAUAUCACUGACAAUAAGGUCCAAUGUCGCAUGACGGUUGUUAGUUAUUUGCCGAAAGAUGUGACUUGUACUAGAGCAGCAAUAAGUAUAGAGAGGUGUAAGGAGGAUAGGACGGACAGACGGACGCCUGUCAAAAGUUAUAAGACUGAUUUAAGUGUUAGCAGUAGUGUAGCUUCGCCUCGACGGGGGCCGGCCGAGGCUGACAAUGAUACUACUAACUUAAUUACAAGCAUAAGACUGGACGACUUAAAACCCAAGAACCCACUAUUAAACCCUUUACACAUAACCUCACAAACACACUUCAAAGAAGACAGAUCCUUGCAAAAGGUCACCGUUGAAUGUCAAAACCCAAAGGUGACCCUUAAGCGAUCAGACAGUUGCAAAUACAGAAAACCUUCAGCAACAGUAAGGAAUAACUAUGAAAACUGUUUUUCCGUUAGCAAUAUAAUCCUAAAACCAGGUACAAAUGACCUUGUCCUAGAUUUUGUUGCGACCAAAUGCGGGGUCUUCAAACUUGGUCAGGUUUCGUUAGUCAUUGAAGAAAAAUUGGAGUUUUUGUCUAAUGUACUGAUUGGAACGAAGAUGGGAUGUGAGAUCGUGACUCAGGGUGUGAACGUGUUCUUGAAUAAGGUGGAACCGAAGAAGGAUUUAGUGGCUGGAUUGGAACAUGCUGUGGAGCUGGUCGUGACCAGUGGUAGCUCGCAUAUUGAGGAGAACACAACAAUACUCCUGAAAACGUCAUCUGGCCUGCUGAUCAGGUUCGCUGACGAUGACACGGCGAUGUCUCGCGAGCUGACCAUCAAGGUCCCCGCUAUGGAACCGUUCCAGACGACUAAAGUCCCUCUCCGGUUGUUCGCGAUGUUACAACCUAGGAAGGAGAAGAGUAUUGAGCAUUCUGUCUGGCUAACCUGUCCCUGGCGGGAAGCGGUGACGGAAGUGCCGCUAGACUUCACUCCUCCUAUGGUGGCGUCAUGGCGCCUACUCACCUCAAACACGAGGAAAUUCAUCCAUAUAACACUGAAGUCAACUGUAGUACAUUUGGUGCAGUUUGCUUUGACGGACCCGAAGCUGGAAUGUGAUGGGAACAAUAAUAUGGUAGCUGAUUUAAACCCUAAGAAUUCGGACCAUAUGAUGGUAGCGUCAGAUGGUACAACAGCUUCAUUCAUGUGGGAACUUCUAAAAGACCCCCUCGUCAAAGGAGGUCCAAUGAAAGCAACCUUCUCAGUGCACUACCGACCUUCAGACGUGGAAGGUCCUGGCAGACCAUUCACAUGUCCUUUCGAUAUACAGGACUAUACUACGUUGUUUGUAAUUAGGACGAAGUUGGAACCUAGUAAGGGUUCUGACUUUUGCAGGGCUUCGCAAAUGUGCUGUUUACAGCUUAGUGUGCAAAGGGUGAACGAAACGGAAUACACGUCGCUUAUGUACGAAGUGCUUGCUGAUCAGACAAUGUGGGCGGUGCUGGGCCGGACUGCAGGAGUGCUGACAAUGGAGUGUACUAGCACGGAGCCCCAGACCGUGACGCUGGACGUGAUGCCACUAGUGGCCGGCUACCUGCCGCUCCCCACUGUCCGACUGUCCAAGUACAUCGCUGCUAAUACCAAAGAUCCAAAGAAAGAUAUUUCUGCGCAUCCUCGACUGGAACCGUUCAGCCCCGGCCAAGUCUACCACGCGGGCAAAGCGAAGCAAGUCCAUGUCCUACCACCUAUGCCCAAGGAACAUCUAGACGUCAUAGCUAACUAA